AUGCCAAAUUGGGUUUUAAGCAAACGAAGGGAAGGCAAAGGCUAUUGCAUCCCAGCUGUCCAGGUGGUCAGAAGGCUGCUUGACGUGAGCUUGUUAGGGGAAAAUUUCCGUGUCCGUGUGCAUGGGGAUACAGAGGAGCAUCUCAGGCAUCGACAAUGUCAUUACCUGUUUUACGGUGGCCUACCGCACAGCAAGCCAACAGCUGCCCAGCUUGCGGCAAUUCAGGCGCGCGCAAAUGCUCUGCGAGAUAAGGCAAAAGAGUCACCUUCAGCAGCAAAAGCGGUUUCUGAGGCGUUGGCUGCAGCGAUGUCCACCGUGCCACCGAUAUCGCUCGCUCGGGGGCUAAGGGCACUUAGAGACAUUCCACAUGAUGUUCAGGCUCAUCUUCCUGAUGCAGUAGAAUUGCUUGCGGUGAUUCGUGGACUAGGCGUCGCACCACCUUGCCUUGAGCGUCCUGGCGCUCCUCGCGGGCUGCCAGGCCGCUUUCGGUACAUGAUUGCAGCCAACUUAAAGGAUUGCGAGGCACUUAUGCCGUACUGGACGCUGGAAGUCUUGCGCCUCGGUUUCCUCCUCCAAGGCAACAGUCGAAUGCUUCAUGUCUACUUUCAUAACGUUACUGCUGAUGAGGUUACAGCCUGGUCCGGGAGUGCAGCACACGUGUCUGUGUAUGAAAGCGGUAGUAAAGACAGCACGCCAACGUGGCUGAGGAUUGCAGAAUCUCUUUGGCAAGCAGCUGGGAUGAAGACGUCUAUAGUGGUGAACGGGCCGGUGCAACGCGGUCUUGUCCUUGACCCCUUCUCCGGCCGGUACAGCAAGCAGCACAAGGUGCAGUACGCAGCAGCGCUCCGAAAUGCCGCUCUUGAGCCGCUGUACAACAGUCCGAGCGGAACAUACAAUUACGUCAUUUUCCUUAAUGACGUCUUCUUCUGUGCGCCUGACUUCCUCCGGCUUACCCAUUUCGGCGCUGAUAUUGCCUGUGGCCUUGAUUUUGAGGUGCUGGUCGGUGAUAAGAAAGGACGCGUGGCCGGUACAGCGCAUCAACCAUUGGUCCCUCCUACGCGUCGCCUGUUGGACCUGCACACGAACGCAUUUGCACGGACGCACGACCCUCACCUGGUGGCUGAACAUAACGAAUCAGCUGUGCUUGACAUCCUUCCGGGUCGGGCAAACUGGCACUCGGUGGUUAAGCGCAUGACGCAAGUCCAUGCAGACGAGGCCACGCGACAAGCGGAAGCAGAGGCGCGGGUGCAGGAGGCCCAGGUGAAACCCAGAUACGAGUUUUACGAUACAUGGGUAUCUAAGGAUCUGGGUGGCAACCCGUUCAUCAAGGAGGAUCCUCUUGCUCGUGACACUCGGACAAUUGAUUUGCUUCAUCGUGGCCUGCCUGUGCCGGUCAAGUGCUGCUGGAACGGGGGAGCUCUGAUUAAUGCUACCAUGUUCUAUGCUGGUGUUCGCUUCCGCAGUGGUCUUCUUGAUGAGGGGGAAUGCGACAUCAGCGAGUGCUCGCUGCUGUGCGAGGAUUUCAGGCGGAUGGGCGCCAAACGGGCGAUCAUCGACCCAAGCGUGCGCGUUAGCUACGCGCCGUGGGCUAAGGCAAGUACAAUAAAUGCUGGAGUAGGCCCAAAGAUGCCGUGGUCACACGUUGAGCGGAGCGGUGCGCUGGAAAGGCUGACGGUUCUCUGGACCGAAACAACGUUUUGCAUGUCGACGCAGUGUGUCCCAAUGCGGAAAGACGGGUCGGAGCUUCCGGAUAUCCAUAACUUCAGGGUCAUUGAUCUCGGCAAGACAAACUUCACCAACAUGUUUAUCGAGCGCAGUGCUUAUGCAUCACCACCACCGCCUAAGCCUGACGCGUGCAACCUCAUUAUGGGACCGUACGGUGAUACAACUGACGGUUCAGCGUUUGAUGACCUCGCAUACGCGUCUUGGGGCAAGUCUCCUAUCACCCGAAUCUAUUACCGCGCUGGCACCAGCGCCACCGAAAGCAUGGUCUACGCUUUGAAAUUGACAUACGGCAGCACGGCAACUGUUCAGCACGGGAGCGAUUUGGGAGAGGCAGGAGAAUACGAGCUAGAAGCUGGAGAGCAGAUUAUCGGCGCGCUUGUCCAAUUCGAUGAGACGACUGUCUUCGCAAUCAGCUUUGAGACGAACCGCAAACGUAGUCUUACGAUUGGUGCUUUUCGCGAGGGGGUUGCGCAGGCAAGGGCAAACCCGUGCCCUGCCGCGGGUUCAAGGUUUUUGGUUCCGAUGAUCUUUGGUCGUAUUAGUCUGAGUGUGCAUGAGGGCUGCCCUGGCCGCCACCGCAUGCAGGCUUACGAAGCACAAGCUUUCAAUGUCUUCCACACGAACUUCAAGCGCUGGCGUUAG